GGUUUGUUCUUUACUUCAAGGCUCUCCAGCUUCCUGUUUAUGUCAAAAAAACACACACAAAACUUUAUUUUAGGAAUAUUCUAUAAACAUAUUAGAUUUCAUUCUAUAAACAUAUUAGAUUUCAUUCUAAAAAUGUACGAUUUGUUAUGUGUCAAAUUAUUUGACGUAUCCAAACUUUUAUGCAGAAUAUAGUGACUUUUUACUUUAUCUACCCUUGCAUUAAUAGUUAUGAUCGAGAGCAAUUGUAUAUCAAAACAAUGAUAAACAAUUUGCUUAAUUUGUGUGCAAUCCUCUAAAACAUCAACUAAAUAAAAGACAUAGGGAGUAAUGACUAAAUCUAUGAGUAAUUAAUGUGUUAAUGGCAAAAGAUGUAAUAAAAUACAUAAAAAGGAGUUAAUAAAUAUAUGCGGAAUUAUUAUUUGAAAGACAAAUAAUGAUGUAAUUAGGAUGGGUGAAGAAAAUGUAAAAGCUGUAAUAAAAUAUUUUAAACAUGUAACUUUUGUACUUCUAUUUUAAUAAUAUAUAUAUAUAUAUAAAGUUUAAAAAUAAUUAAAAAGUGAUUCAAAAUAUAUGAAUAAGUAAAUAUAUGUACUAUGAAUAAUUACAGAAAAUACAUUUGAGAUUAUGUGGUGAAAUGGUUAUCUAUAUUUUAGGAAUAAUCUAAAAACACAUUAGAUUACCUUCUAAAAUGUAUAUUUUGUCUAAAAAUAAAUAAAUUAUUUAGAAUAGCGAAUUAUUAACCAUUUGAUUAACAUAAUUAAAAAGAGUCAGUAAAUCAAUUAUUAAUUAUUUGGAAUAACGAAUUAUGUAAUUUUUAUGCUUGUUUUAAACGAAAAAAAGAAUUAAUGAUGAAAUCUAUGAGUAGUUAAUAACUUAAUAUGUUAAUGACAAAAACUAGAAUAAAAUAUAUAAAAAGAGAAUUCAUAAAUAUAUGUCAAAUUAUUAUGGUAAAGACUAUUAGUGAAGUAGUUAAGAUGAUUGAAAAAUGUAAAAACUGUAAUAAAACAACUUAAAAUUGGUAAAUUGUGUUUUGUAUUUCUGUUUUAAUAAGAUAAAAUAUUUAAAGCUUAAAAAUUAUUACAAAUUAUGGAUAAGUAAGUAUUUUUAUUAUGAAUAAUUACAGAAUCUACAUAUGAGAUUAUGUGGUGUACUGGUUAUCUAUAUUUUAGGAAUAUUCUAUAAACAUAUUAGAUUGCCUUCUAAAAUGAAUAGUUUGUUUAAAUAUAAAUUAAUUCGUUCAAACAGCGAAUUAUAAACCGUUUGAUUUAAAUAUUUAAAUUUUAGUGAGUAGUCGAAAUAUUAAUUAGUUAGAAUAACGAACUAGGUAAAAAAAUUUCUGUUUUUUUCAAUGAUAAAAAUAAUUAAUGAUGAAAUCUAUGAAUAGUUAAUAUGUUAAUGAAAAAACUGAAAUAAAUACAUAAAAGAGAGUUAAUAAAUAUCUGCCAAAAUUAGUAUGGUAAAUACAAUUAAUAACUAGUUAAAAACCGCAAUAAAACAUUUUAAAACCGGUAAAUUUUAAUUUGUACUUGUUUUUAAUAAGAUAGAAGAUAAAUAGAUGUCUUUAAUUUCAACGUGUGUCUUUAUGAUUUCAUAGCUAUUGCAAAACGCAAAGAUAAAGAAAGUGAAAACGGAAAUUGUUAAUCUCUUAUUUGUUAAAAAAAAGAGAAAUGUUUACUCGUCUUAAAAAGAAAGGAAAUUGCUAGGUUAUACUGAAAAAUACAGUUCUGUCACCGACUAAAAAGAUCUAAUAAACAUAGGGGCGACUUAACAAUAUAAAGGAUUCUUGGGCGAAAAAAAUUUUUAGUUCUCUAUAAUUAAUUAAUUUUAAUUUUAUCAUCAUAAUAUUAUUAAAGUAUAUAAAACUUAUCUAAAAUUAUUAAUUUAUUUGUAUUUUGUAAAUAUAAAAAAAAAACAGACUAUUAUGUCUUUUAAAUAUUGUGUAAAUAUGAGAUUGUAAGUGGAAAAAGAAAAGUUAGACCCUUGCUGUCAUAAAAAAAAAAAAAAAAAAAUCUGGGUCCUUUAUAGUACUAAAUUUGCUUGAUUUUAGGUGGGCCCGUGCGAUUCCACUGUUUGCCCUCCUACCUAAGCAUUGGAGAAACAGUCUGGUCCUUGUGUUAUAAAUAUAAGUAACCCUGUAGGCUAGAGCAAAUCAGCAACAACAAAAAGCUUUUAACUCUCUUUCGCCUACUGAUAUUGCUUCCGUAAGUAGUCAUGAAACACAAACUAUCCCACGAAAUCGAUAACUACCCUGAAUCAGACGAUGCGGGCACACUCAGAGUCACGGCUAAGAUCUUUGGCCAAGAUGAUAACUCGACAUUCACGACUCUGUCCCUUGCCAAAGACUUCUUAGAUGAUGAGAACGAAGAGUGUAAAAGCAAAGAAGACUUGAACUACUUCUUGUUGGAAGCCGGAAUCACCGAAGAUGUUAUCUAUAAUGCGAUAUUGGAGCUAAUUGUUUAUGUUGAUGAGGUAACAUGCCCUGAAAGUAUCGAGUACUCUCCUGGCUGUGCUUUGAAAGUUCAGUUGGAUCUUGUUCCUGAUCAUCUCGAUGAUGAUGAUGAUGACUCUGAGAUUCAAGAAGCUGCUCAAGUCUCGUUUGAUGAUACUAGCAAUAUCCGGUUUCGACCAGCUAGCAAGCUCGUGGUCAAGUCGCUACCCAGGAAAGUAUACAAGAAGAAGAACGAGAACAAGAAGAUGGUUAGCUUGGAAGAGUGCAGGAUUUGUUUGCAAGAGUUUAGCAAUGGAGGAAUGGUUGUGACUUUAUCAUGUGGACAUGAGUUUGACGAUGAGUGUAUCGUAAAGUGGUUUGAGACCAGUCAUGUUUGUCCAUUGUGUCGUCUCGAGUUACCUUGUCAAGAUGAUGAACUAUAGCAUGUCAAGAUUGUUGGGUUGAACUCCGAUUGCUUAUUGUAAUACAUCAUUGUUUAAAUAUCAUUUAAAUCUGAUAUUGUUGUUUUGUUACUUCAGAGUAUGUUUUUAUGUAGUAUCAACAUACCAUCUUUUGUUGUCUCAAACACCUGGCCAACAUCAA